AUGCAAUUGUCCGCUGUUGCGUCUCCAUAUCCGAUGAAACAUUGUGUUCUUUGGUUGUCCGGAAUUCUUUGUUGCCUUUUUGUGCUCCAAUCUCUUGUCAGUUCCGAGUUUAUAUCUUUAACAACCUUUCCCCAUAAAGAUUCCAACUCGUACACCCCAAAAUAUUUUGAUGAUAAUGAAACUCCAGCUAGUCUGAGCAAUAAUUCUGACGUAUCUUUCGCUGCAGAAAAAGCCAGAAAUCAAGAAGGUAAAAGAGGCUUGAAAAAGAGAUUAAUAAAAGAAGACUCUGGCUCGGAGAAGCACAGACUUUCAACAAAACCUUGCGGAGCUUCAAGCGAUUUGACGCGCCCGCUUUUAAACAAGUCGAGACCAGAAAAAUCAACCAUUGACGCAGCUGGUCCUGAUAUUUCGGAUACUCCGGAUAGUCCGCAUACUCCCUUAGAUGCCGCCAUCCUUCGUUUAUUUUCAGAAGGUUUACACAAAAAUCCCAAUUUGCAUUAUGACCCACCAGGGCCGCCCUUGCUGGAUGCACCCAAGUUGAUGCCAAAUGACAUGUCCAUGUUAUAUUUCCUAAAUAACUUGUCACUCAUUCAAAAUUUUUUCAACCAAAAUCAGGGCAGCAUGCCGGCUAAAGGUCUUCCUUAUAAUUUGGUUCCAUUCUUGGUCAAGAGGAAUGAUGUCCCCUUUGCAUCCAACUUGUCCCAAAAUCUAAACCCCCCUUUUAGCGAGCUGGACUCUUCCUCUGCUGUUCAACAUCCUUGGCAUAAUGAAACUAUAUUUACCAAGCCACUUCUUGACAUGAUGAAAGCAAUUCUAGAAGGCCAAAAAAAUCUUACCUCCGUCAUUUCUCAAUUGGGAAAUUCCUCAAUAACCCAAUUGGAGGACCUGCGCUAUUCCAAACUUUCCCCUGCCGCUAUGUCGCCUCAAUUACCACCAUCUCCGCAGAUUUCGCCGAUCAUGUUAGCCCCAACAUCCGUGUUGCAAGCUUUGGCCUCACAAUUGACAUCUUACAAGCCUUCAAUCCUUAAGCCUGUGCUUUUGGAACAGCCUUCUAUGCAAGAUUUUGAGCUCCAGUCCGGGUCCAAACCAAUGACGUUCCGGGAUAUAUUUUCUUCACGGCAGGCUUACUCUCAACCGAUUUACCAGAUUCAGCCCCGAUCCGCUCCUAAAAUGUAUCAACCAACGGCACAGAAUGUCUUCCAGCAAGACCCCUAUUUCAACCCCACCAAUGGUCGCCCAGACGCUGGGCUAUAUCCUCAACUUGGCUGGGGCCCACUUAUAUGA